UCAACGUCGCCGAUAACAGCGGAAGAUAUCACGAAGCUGUGUGAAGCCGUUCCUCCGAAUUUAGCGGAACUCAUUCGAAAAUACCCCGAGAUUUUCCCGGACGACCUACCCACCGGACUUCCGCCAAGCCGACCUGAAGACCAUCGCAUCGAACUGGAACCCGGCGCACAACCGACAGUUCAGCGACAAUUUCGCCUCAGCCAACCGGAACUCGAUGAAUUGCAGCAGCAGUUAGAUUACCUCAUGACGAAAGGUUUUAUCCGCCCAAGCACAUCCCCAUACGCCGCCCCCAUACUGUUCACACCGAAAAAAGAUGGCGGAUUCUGUAUGUGCAUCGACUACCGCGCACUCAACCGCAUCACCAUCAAGUCCUGUUACCUAAUCCCGCGAGCCGACGACCUACUCGACCAACUUUGCGGAGCCAAGUUCUUCUCGAAAAUCGAUCUGCGAGGAGGUUACCACCAAAUCCGCGUCGCCGCCGAGGAUUGCCACAAGACCGCCUUCCAAACCCGCUACGGUAGUUACGAAUACCUGGUGAUGCCCUUUGGACUCACGAACGCGCCCUCGACCUUCCAGAUGACCGUGAACGGAGUUUUUCGCGAACUCCUGGAUAAAUGCAUUAUUAUCUACCUCGACGACCUCCUAAUAUACAGCCGCAGCAGGGAGCAGCACUUAAAGGAUCUUGAUGCUGUCUUCACGCUGCUGCACAAGAAUCGCCUCAUCACGAAAUGGUCUAAGUGCGACUUUCUUAAGCAGGAGUUGGAGUUUUUGGGCCACGUCGUCUCUACCGAACGCGGUAAAAUCGACCCAGGAAAAUCAAGACCAUACAGGAAUGGAAGCCGCCGACCAACCUCAAGGAACUCCAAAGUUUUCUGGGUUUUGUCAACUACGUCCGCCGCUUUAUUCCCAAUAUGGCUGGGUUAUCUGCACCGCUAACCGACCGAUUGAAGGAUCACG